AUGUGUUGUAACUACUACGGCAACUCCUGUGGCUAUGGCUGUGGCUAUGGCUCCGGUUAUGGCUGUGGCUAUGGAUCUGGCUAUGGCUGUGGCUAUGGAUCUGGCUAUGGCUGUGGCUAUGGCUGUGGCUAUGGAUCUGGCUAUGGCUGUGGCUAUGGAUCUGGCUAUGGCUGUGGCUAUGGAUCUGGCUAUGGCUGUGGCUAUGGCUCUGGCUAUGGCUGUGGAUACGGCUCUGGCUAUGGAAGUAGCUGUGGCUGUGGAUAUGGCUCCUACUACAGGUCUGGCUGCUGUGGCUAUGGACCAUCUUGCUACAGAAGAUGCUAUUCUUGCUGUUAG